AGAACCAAAUACAAGAAAACAUUAUUUCAGCUUCUUUUCCAUGUAGAUCGCUUCAUCAGAUACACUUGUCUCAAAUUCGAAUUGAAAUUUGAAGUAGUAAAGCUGGCGCUCUGCACGUUGCUGAGUUUGUCAGCUCUUGUAACCUAAUUAAGUGGUCUUGUAAAUGAAAGUAAGAACCUGGUACAGGAAGCCUUUUUCAUCUGAACAACGUGUGGAGAUCCUCCUUUCCGAAACACACCCCGGAGUGACCGGUUAGGUCUGCUCCUCGCAAGGAUUUGCCCUCAGACGCCGUCACGGUGCCAGUUUCCAGCGAAAUAGUGAUGAGCACGUCAUCCCUUGGAACUUCUCGUUUCCCCGUCUCGCGUCCUGGAGCGGGUUGGAGAAUUCGCAGCGGAACGCAAGCCGUGGUUUUGAACCACGAAAUGUAACGAGUCCAUGUGUUCUGUUGCAAGCGUCUGCUCCCCACCCAGGGAGGUUGGCCGCCCUCUGUGCCCCUUCCUCCUGGUUAUUGCUGUAGCAGCUCUGCGCUGAGGCAAGGGGAAGUGGUGUAUCUCACCAUCUCCUCCCCUGCUGAACGGACCCCCAGUUCCCCUUACGGCGCUGCCUUCGCCACUGUAGUCCUGCUUGUCUCGACCUGUUCCCGUGCGCAGCUCGCCGUUUUCUCGCCUGCGCGUCUGCGAUGUGAUGAUUUCUGCUCAAUUCGUGUCCCUGUCUCAUCUUUCUAAAUGUCAGCCCCGCAGCUUUCGCCCAGAGAAGACCGCGAGUGACAGAGGACACACGGCAGGGAGUCAUCCUCUCUUGAGUUUAUGGACUGGAGGUGGCGAUGUCUCCAGGAGAGGACGGUCUAAUCGGGAUCCCCUUCCCGGAGCACAGCAAUGAGCUCCUGUCUUGCCUAAAUGCCCAGAGGAGGGCAGGGCUGUUGUGCGACCUCACCUUGACCUCCAGGGGCGCCCGCUAUUCCACACAUCGCUCUGUCAUGGCUGCUGUCAGCCUUUAUUUCCGAAAGCUUUUUGGGGCAGAGGAAGGGGAGUCGGGGGACCUUGGGGCGGGGGGUGGCUGCAGCGUGUGUCAGCUGGACUGCGUGGCACCCGAUGCCCUGGGCGCGCUGCUGGAGUUUGCCUACACAGCCACCCUGACUAUCCGCAGCUCGGGCAUGAGGGAGGUGUUGAAGGCGGCCCAGCUGCUGGGCAUCCAGUGCGUGGCAGACGCCUGCCGGGACAUCCUGGGCGAGGCGGACGAGGAGCAGGAGGACGUCCACAACGAGGACACUGCACACGGCUCCCGACGCAAGAGGGACAGGCGACAGGUCUCCAGAUCUACGCUGUUUGACCCGCAACUCGUCUAUCGCUCUCCGCCCUCCUCUCCUCUGGCGGACAGCCGGCCAAGCUGCACCACAGCGCCCCCUAGCCCAGAGUACAACGAGAACUUUGCCGCGGUGGGCCAGAACGGCGAGCCGCAGCACAGCAGCAGAGAGGCUGACGUGGCUGUGAAUGGGAAUGUGCACUGGGCUCAGCAAGCAGCCCCCUUAGCGCCUGCUGCUGAAGACAGGCUGUCGGAGGAGGAGGACAAGGCGGAGUUCAGGGAUGGGGCUGACUCUGGGCCCCCGUCUUUGCCCGAGCGGGGCGGUGUAGCGGGUGGCGGCCGAAAGAGGAAGUCUCAAACCCCCCAGCAGUGCCCUGUGUGUCAGAAGAUCAUCCACGGCGCGGGCAAGCUGCCCCGACACAUGAGGACACACACGGGGGAGAAGCCCUUCCAGUGCUCGGCAUGCGGGGUCCGUUUCACCCGGAACGACAAGCUGAAGAUCCACAUGCGUAAGCACACGGGAGAGCGACCGUACCCAUGCCCCCACUGCCCCGCCCGCUUCCUACAUUCCUACGAUCUGAAGAACCAUCUGUCUCUGCACAGUGGGACGCGGCCCUUCGAGUGUCCGCUCUGCCACAAGGCCUUUGUCCGCGAGGACCACCUGCAGCGCCACCGCAAGGGCCACAGCUGCCUGGAGGUGCGCACCCGGCGUCCGCGCAGGGCCGUGGCGCCAGGGCCUGGCCUCGGGUCCCAGCUGCUGGAUCCGCACUCUCUGGGGCACGCGUCCACGUUCCCCCGCUCCCCCCCACCCCCACGCGGCAAUUCCUCUGUUCACCCGCUGCUGUACCCCCCAGAUGGCAGCGACCCCCCUAUCCCCAUGCAUGCCAUGUCUCUGCUGGGCCCACCUGGGCUGCCUUACCGUAACCUCCUUUGGAGAAGCAUGGGGAUGCCUGGAGGUGGAGCAGAAGAGCCCGGAGCUCCUGAUCCCUCGCGUGGUCUCCAGCCUCAUCAAGCAAGAUGGGGGGAGGAGGAGGAUGACAAUGAUGAUGAAGAAGAAGAAGAAGAAGAUGAUGAAGAAGAGGAAUAGGAAGAUGGAUAAAGGGAAGGACGAAAGUCUGCGAGAGUGUGUACUUUGGGUGUGUUGUAUGUCGGUGUCUUCUGUGUAGCAGUGUCGGUGUGUGCGCGCGCGCACGCGUCUCCCCCGUCUUGCUGUCCACUCAGUAAGGCUGUGUGUUUCGCUCAGGUGGUCAGACCUGCCCAACAUACUGCUCAUUUUAGGGCUCUCUGUGAAAACUUAAAAGGGGAAAAACAGGUCUUCUGAUUUUAUUCUCUGGCUCUUUUUUUUUUUUUU